AUGACAGAACAAACCCGUCCAGAGCCACUUCGCCAGCAGUCGCUGGACCAAAGCACACUUCAGAAGCUGGAAAAACAUCUCAACGAACGUCCCGAUAAACGGGAUCUCGUCUACCGAAAUAUCAUGAAAGAAGACCAAGGAAUCGCCCCUGGGCUCGUGCAGGCGAAGAUACAGCUCCAGCGAUCCCAGCUUGAAGACAAGCUCGAUCAUGCCUUGCAACAACGUCCGAAGCCGGAGGAACUGGUCAAAGAAGGUAUCCUACACGCCGAUGAAGCUCCCCCUACCAACACCUAA